UUGCUGUCUACUCUGCAGCUGCCAGACCUGCUCCUGCUGCUGCUCAGGGAGAGCACCUGGGGAAACCCUUUCUGACCACUGAGAAGAUGAGCUCAAGCUAUUGGAGUGAGACCAGCAGCAGUAGCUGUGGGACCCAGCAGCCCACUGAGGUUCUGCAGUGCCAGCCUCAGCAUUACCACUGUUACCAGCAGUCAAGUCAAGCCCAGCAACCUCCAGAAAAAAAUAUAGUGUAUGAACGAGUGAGAACCUACAGUGGGCCUAUGAACAAAGUGGUGCAGGCCUUGGACCCCCUCGGCUCACGGGAAGUGCUCUCCCCACUCAAACCCGCCUCCUCCUACCAAAAUUUGGUUUGGAGCGACCAUUCUCAGGAGCUUCAUUCUCCAACUCUGAAAAUAUCUACUUGUGCACCAAGCACUCUACAUAUAACCCAAAAUGCUGAGCAGGAACUCCAUUCUCCAACAGUGAAAGUUACUACAUAUCCACAAACCACCAUUAGGAGAUAUGUAGUACAAAACCCUGAGCAGGAACCAUUGUCCCCUUUCCUAAGAGGAGGUCACUUCUUCCCAGUAAACAAUGUAAUUUAUGAAAAAACAAUAAGAAAAGUGGAGAAGCUAAAUACAGAUCACGAAUGUUGUCCUCAAAUUCAAUGCCAUCAUCAUGCCAUCCAACAACCCCAGAUCAUCUACUCUCCACAUUGUCAACAAUCCCAGUCGAGUCAUCAAAUCCAAUGUAUAACAGAAAAUGAUUCAAAUAUUGGACACGAACUCUGCCAUGGUGGGCCAAGCCAGAUACAUGAACAGGUGAUAAUUCAGGAUGAUGGCCCUGAAAAAUUGGACCCUAAAUAUUUUGGAGAGUUGCUUGCUGACCUAAGCCGCAAGAAUACAGACCUAUAUCACUGCUUAUUAGAACACUUGGAGAGAAUUGGAGGAAGCAAACAAGAUUUUGACUCUGCAGAUGCAUCAGAAGACAUUGAGUCAUUGAUUCCUAAAGGACUGUCAGAGUUUACAAAACAGCAAAUUCGUUAUAUUCUGCAGAUGAGGGGCAUGUCUGACAAGUCACUGAGACUAGUGCUAUCUACCUUUAGCAAUAUCCGGGAAGAACUUGGACAUCUUCAAAAUGAUUUAACAUCACUGGAAAAUGACAAGAUAAGACUUGAAAAGGACUUGGCAUUCAAAGAAAAUCAAAUAAAGGAGUAUGAAGAACUCUUGGCAUCAGUGAGAGCAAAUAAUCGCCAACAGCAACAAGGACUUCAAGACUCAAGCUCAAAAUGUCAGACAUUGGAAGAAAAUAACCUUUCUCUUCGACAUACAUUAUCAGACAUGGAAUACAGACUAAAAGAACUAGAAUAUUGUAAACGUAAUUUAGAGCAAGAAAAUAAAAACAUUAGACUACAGGUGUCUGAGACUUGCACAGGCCCAAUACUUCAGGCUAAAAUGGAUGAGAUUGGCAACCAUUAUAUGGAGAUGGUAAAAAACUUGAGACUUGAGAAAGAUAGAGAAAUCUGCAAGCUAAGAUCCCAAUUAAACCAGUACCAAAAAGAUGUUUCAAAAAGAGAAGGAAGUUGUACUGACUUCCAAUUCAAGCUUCACGAAUUGACAAGUUUGCUUGAAGAGAAGGAUUCUCUUAUAAAGCGUCAAUCAGAGGAACUAUCAAAGUUGAGACAAGAAAUAUAUUCAUCCCAUAACCAACCCUCCAGUGGUGGAAGGACUACAAUCACCACAAAAAAGUACAGGACACAAUAUCCAAUCCUAGGCCUCCUGUAUGAUGACUAUGAAUAUAUACCACCAGGUAGUGAUACACAGACUAUUGUGAUUGAGAAAACUGAAGACAAAUGGACUUGUCCAUGAAUGGAUUCACUUUACAGUACUCAACUGAAAAGAAAAUUUCUUUGUCUGCAUCAGUAUUUUAAUGGUCAUUUUUCCACUGCUAAAAUGCAAUCAAAUUGUAAAUCACGGUAGUACCUCAUGAAUCUAAUGGGAUGAUUUAAUUCUGCAGAUGAGUUCUCCAGCCAUUCAGGAGAUCUAAAUCCUUUUUAUACAUUAACUUAUUUGAUAUAACACCUUGCAAAUGUGGAAAAAAAAACCCUUUGUGUUUAAAGUGUUUGCAGACAGCGUAGAACCUAACCUGCUAUUUUUAUAUAGAGUGCUUCCUAUAUGUUGAACUUAUUCAUAAGUAUAGAGUCUUUACAAGUUACUCUAUUAUACUAAAUAUGUGAUUUAGCUACAAGAUUUCAGUGCUGUUUUUCAGCAAAACAGAGGCAAAGGAUAAUUAAAUUAAAACAUAAGUUAACAAGCAUGAAAUAUACAUCCUAAAUUUACUUUUCUCACAUUAAGUUUAUGACUACAAGAGUGUGUAACAGGGCUAACAUAUCUUGGAAACAGAGAAGUCAAAGGUGGAGGUUAAUUUUGUUAAUCAUGGAAAUGGGCUAAUAUCUUUUUAAAUAACUGUAUUAAUUAAAUUAUACAUUGUGUAACUUGGUUCUAAGUACAUGUGAGUACCUGGGAAAAUCUGUUCUUUCAAAACAUAUAUUCUGCAAGUGAUCCCAUUCACUUUCUUAAAAACAUAUAAUAGUGUACUGUAGUAGUAGGGCAAUAAGAAUGUAGAAUGUUUCAUAGUGAUAUCCAGACAAACACUGAAAUAUUGCAAAGCCAUAAAAGCUUAAGUAAUAAAAAUAGUAGUAAAAUAUACUUCAUAGCCUUAUCUUACUUGGAGGAUAUCUUAUAGUAGAGUCUUCAAUGUAUUUAGAAGUUUGUCUGUUGAAUUACAAUGAUAUUACAAAGUGAACACAAGUAUUUCUUAAAUAUAUUAAAGAAAUUUCAUAACAUAACCUAAUUAAAAGGUAUAAAAAUUUAUUCAUCAAAGUUUGUACUAAUGUAACAAAUAUAUUCGGGUUACAUGUUUAAUACAUAGUAUUGUGCUAAAACAUCUAUGGAAAUCUUUAUAAAAUUCUUUAAUGUUUAAAAGCAUACUCUAAUUAUUAAUUGUUCUAAGAAGCAGUUAGGAUAAGCAUGGCUGUGGCACUAUACUAUCUAGAGUUAUGAGUUAGAAAUAUAUAAAAGGUCUUGAUAGGAAAUUAAGUUUUAUUUAUAUUCUCAUAACAAUUGAGAUCAACAUUAAGUUCUCUGACAUGAAUAAGAUUUCUAUUUUACUAAUAUUUUAUUAUAUGAAACUUUAAUGUUUCAAAUUCUUACAAUUCCCCUCUAUUUUAUGAACAACGUAUCAGUUUCUUACUCUGCUAGCUAUUAAUAUAUUUAACUGUGGCAAGUGUUAUUCAUCCAUUAUUGAAGUUACAAGUGAAUGUUUUAAUUACCUUGACAGAAAACUACCAUAAUUACAUUUUGAAAAUGAGAGUAAGAGUUUUUCAAAAUUACUAAAAAACUGUAUCCAGAAUUAGAGAGCAAUUAAAAAGAUAGCUUAUGUGAUUCUGGAUAGUUAGAAUCACAUAAAUGUUUCUUAUUAUAUUUACCUAUGUUUUGAGAUCCAACAGCAAUA